AUGGUUGAUUUUUACAAAGAGCUGCUAGGAAAAAAAGAGAAUCAAAGAACUAAAACUUUCAACGAUUUCCUACGAAAUGGAAAUGUACUCACCAUAUCACAACAACUAGAUAUGUUAAAACCAUACACUGAGAAGGAUGUGAAGAAAAUAAUGUUCAGUAUAGAUAAGAAUAAAAAUUCGGGCCCUGAUGGCUAUGGCGGUGACUUUUUCAAGGCUGCGUGGACAAUAAUAUGGGGAGAUGUAACUACUGCUAUCCUAGAAUUCUUCAGCAAUGGUAAGCUUCUUAAGCAGCUGAAUGCUACCAUGAUUUCCUUGAUUCCCAAGGUAACAGCAGCACAAAAGGCAGAGCAAUUCAGACCGAUAUCAUGUUGUGAUGUGAUUUAUAAAUGUAUAUCAAAAAUGAUAUGCACAAGAUUGAGGAAGGCAGUACUCCACAUAGUAGAAGAGAACCAAGCAGCAUUUGUGGAAGGAAGAUCAUUAGUGCACAAUGUACUAAUAUUUCAUGACCUUCUUAAGCAUUAUAAUAGGAAGACAUCGCCUAGAUGUCUAAUGAAGAUAGACCUCCGCAAGGCUUAUGACAUGGUGAGUUGGGAUUUCAUUGAUGAAGCUAUGAGAGGGUUUGGAUUUCCAUAA